UUUCAUUCAUUAGAAACUGAGGGUUUCAAGAUUGAUACUAUGGGUACAUAUCAUGGAAUGACCUUAAAGUCAGUGACAGAAGGAUCACAACCAAAACGUCCUAUAGUUCCAGUUCCUCAACCACAACCUAUACCAACAGUUCAGAAUAAACAACCACAAAAAAGAGCUUCAAAAACACCAAUAAUUAUAAUUCCAGCAGCUACAACAUCAUUAAUAACAAUUUACAAUGCAAAAGAUAUUUUGCAAGAUCUCAGGUAUAUGAGUACAGAUGAAAAGAAAGCUCAAGGAUGCAAAAGAGAAAAUGAAGUACUAAUUCAACGUAGAAAGAAAGGUGGCCUGACUGUGCCAUAUCGUAUAAUAGAUAAUCCAUUGAAACUAUCACAUGAGGAUUGGGAUCGUGUUGUUGCAGUAUUUGUCCAGGGACCUGCUUGGCAGUUUAAAGGUUGGCCUUGGGAUGGAAAUCCUGUUGAAAUAUUUUCAAGAAUGAAAGCAUUUCAUAUCAAAUGGGACGAAAUGAGAUUAGAUUCCAAUGUAGCAAAGUGGGCGGUGCAUGUCAUUCAGUUGAGUAAACAGAAACGUCACUUGGAUCAUGCAAAUCUCUUAAAAUUUUGGGAAGUUUUAGACAGUUUUAUGGUGAAACAUAAACAUCACUUGCGUUUCUAAUUACUUUUGGUUCAAAUAUAAAAGUGUUCUCGACCAAUCUGACCAACAGGACUGUAGAGCGCAUGCAAAAAUUUCCAUCUUUUUAUCUGUUUUAUAACAGAAAUUGAGUCGUGCAGAUCGGGCAUGUUUGACAAAAGAAAUUAUUUUAAAUCUUGGAUUUAAAUCACAUUACCGUGUAAUUGUUGUACAGUUUUUUAAAAACAUAAAAUUGUCAUUUUUUGAGGCGGUAUUAUGUCAUUACAUAGUGCUGAUAUGCUCUUUGUAUGAAAUUUGUAUUAGUAUAGUUCUUCCAUGGAUCUGAUUUGUCAUAAUUAUCAAUUCUGCACCAACAAAAAUCAUCGUCAUGUAAGGAAUGUUUUUUUUCCCUCCCCACUUAUUAGCAUCACAUUUUAGGGAAACAAAUCUAAUUGUAAAUAAUUGAUAACACUACAAAAGAUAUUUGGGGAAUAAAGAAAAGGACUAUAUACAACUGUAAAUAAAAUGUUGCUAGAUUAUUGUUAACACAAUUGUCUUCUAGCUUUUAUAAAUUUAUGAUUUAAUUAAAUUAGUUUUGAAAUGAA